AACAUUAUGGGUGAAGUUGGUGUCACGGCGCGCGGCACGGAGCGACAGUUCGCGCAAAUUUCGCGAUCGCCCCUUUGACUCGUCUCGACAUUUCGACCGUAGCUUCUCUUUCUCUCUUUCAUCUCGUAGCCGUUCCGUCGAAGGGUUUCUCGGGGAAAUUUCUCGUGUUAAUUGCCGGCUCGUGAACAGAAUUGGUCGCGGACGCGGAUUCGACGUCAACGGCGAAGAAAAUAGUGUGUGUGACAUCCAAGUGACAUGCUCGUCGUUCGAUCGCAGGAAGAUCCAAUGCCGCGCGUCGCGGACGUGGCAGCAGAAUUUGCGCUAUAAACUCGUUCAAGGUUUUCUUUCAUGGCAAACGGUGCGUUCUCUUCGCGAUUAAUUUGUGGAUCAUCAUCAUCCGCGCGUCGCAAUUCCAACAACGCGGUGCUCCGCGCGAUGGGUUAAGGGUAAAACGCGCGAAGUAUCUCGCGAGUUUAACAUCCGUCUCUCUCCCCCCCCCCCUCUAUGUGCAGUGGUACCCCACGAGUGUAACCUAUUUGCUGCGACGCGCGUAGUAUUGUUGAUUGAUGACCGUCUUUCUUUCUCAAUGAGGAAACAUAAUAUCAUAUAUUCGAGAAGCCUUACGUAGUUUUGACUACGGGACAGAGCUAACGACAGCUAACGCAUAACGUGAACCACGAAAACGCGCCUUCGAAUCCUUUGAGUUUGUUAUUACGAUACGCGGUUUAUGUCGUCGCGCGAGAAUCGUCUCGAUAAAAAUUUCAGACACGGAAAAACGUGUGUUUCUGUCUCGUGAGAGAAGUGUCAGAUUUUUUUAGUGUGCGCGCGAGUCACGAUCGAUCGAUGUGUCAUCACACGCCUUAUUAUAAAACGUACAUCAAUUAUCGAAUCUUCGAAUUGCAACAUAUACUCGUCCUUCGCGCGCGUAUAUUUAUAUAUCGGAUGCCAGUCGGCUUCUUCAACGGCCUCUCUCCGAACGCGCGCGUCCGUUUUUAGGAACAUAAUUUCUCUCGCUCGAUAUGUACGUGUGUACAACUCGACGUGACUUCGCGUCUCUGUGAUUCCUCGAACUGAGAGGGAAACGCGUGAUCUCAGUGAACGAGAAAAAAAAAAAAAAAAAAAAAAAAAGUACCAAUGCAAAACAACGAUUCCGCGAACGUUCGCUAUUAAAUCCGUCGCGUUCAUUCAAUGAAGUGUCGCGAUUAUGGACUGAUCGAGUUGCGGAGCAUCCUUCGUUCCUUUCGCCGUGACGGUAACCGUCAGUGCGUUAGUCGACGGAGUUCACUUCGGAUGUGUUUUGGCAGCUGAUUUUUAGAGUUCUAACUUCUCUCUUUCCAUAACAGAAACGUCAGAAAAUUUUUCGACCCCUUGCACCGUCGAGAGAGCUAAACGCUAUCGUGAGACUCGGUCCCGCGACGCGUCAACGGCAACGGGUUUUAGCAAGGCUGCCUUUCUGGAUGCUUUAUUCGGGAAGGAACGGUGACGUCAUGUACUGAACAUAAGCUUCUCGUAGCAGGUGCGCGUGUCGAAUUUACGGGAUCAUAAAUUUUUCGUAAAGUUUGUUGAAAUUUAUAAAUUGUCGCUACAUUGCGGGCAAAUCUCGAUUUUGAAGAAUUUCAGGACAAAUUUCUCGGACAUCGGUGUGAAAAACAAUUGUAGAGAUUAUUCAACCAUGGAUUCGGAAGAAGAAACACUUUAUGAUGAAGUUGACUCUGGUAAUGAGUCAAGUGGAGAUGAUGUUGACUUUGCUAUGGAAAUAGAAUCUGGUAAUCCUCGUGAACGAUCUGCUGAUGUAGAUGAAUAUCCUUUCGAAGUUCUUUCCACAGAAGAGAUUGUGCAGCACAUGAUUGAUUCAAUAAAGGAAGUUAACACAGUUGUUGAAAUACCUGCAACAAUCACACGUAUUUUAUUAAAUCAUUUUAAGUGGGACAAAGAAAAAUUGAUGGAACGGUUUUACGAUGGUGAUCAAGAAAAAUUGUUUGCCGAAGCUCAUGUUAUUAAUCCGUUUAGAAAGAAUCCUUUAAUUAGUAGGAGUAGAUCAUCCCAAAGUUCUCUGUCUAAAAGAAUAACAAACGGAACAGAGGAAUGUGGAAUCUGCUUUAUGAUCCUGCCAUCUUCGAUGAUGACUGGUCUCGAAUGUGGCCAUCGUUUCUGUAUGGGCUGUUGGGGGGAAUAUUUAACAACCAAAAUUAUGGAAGAAGGGGUUGGACAAACCAUAGCGUGUGCUGCUCAUGCUUGCGAUAUUUUAGUUGAUGAUGCCAGCGUUAUGCGACUUGUAAAGGAUUCCAAAGUUAAACUGAAAUAUCAACACUUAAUUACCAACAGUUUUGUUGAAUGCAAUAGAUUGCUGAGAUGGUGUCCGUCACCUGAUUGCAACAACGCCAUUAAGGUACAAUAUGUAGAGGCUAGGCCGGUCACUUGCAAAUGCGGACAUAUUUUUUGUUUUUAUUGUGGUGAGAACUGGCAUGACCCAGUAAAAUGCCAUUUACUCCGCAAGUGGAUUAAAAAAUGCGAUGACGAUUCUGAGACAUCAAACUGGAUCGCUGCUAAUACAAAGGAAUGUCCGAAAUGCAACGUCACCAUUGAGAAAGAUGGGGGCUGUAAUCAUAUGGUUUGCAAAAAUCAGAAUUGUAAAACUGAAUUCUGUUGGGUGUGUCUAGGGCCGUGGGAACCACACGGUUCUAGCUGGUACAAUUGUAAUCGCUAUGACGAAGAGGAAGCUAAAGUUGCACGGGAUGCACAGGAGAAAUCCAGAUCGGCAUUACAAAGAUACUUAUUUUAUUGCAAUAGAUAUAUGAAUCACAUGCAAUCGUUAAAAUUUGAGAGCAAAUUAUACGCAAGUGUGAAAGAAAAAAUGGAAGAAAUGCAGCAACAUAAUAUGUCGUGGAUUGAGGUACAAUUUUUAAAAAAAGCUGUUGACAUUUUGUGUUCCUGUAGACAGACUCUUAUGUACACUUAUGUCUUCGCUUAUUAUGUAAAAAAGAACAAUCAGUCUGUGAUUUUUGAGGAUAACCAAAAAGAUUUGGAAAGCGCCACGGAAUGUCUGUCCGAAUAUCUUGAAAGGGAUAUUACAAGUGAAAAUCUUGCGGAUAUUAAACAAAAAGUUCAGGAUAAAUAUAGAUACUGCGAUAGCCGACGAAAAGUGCUUUUGGAACAUGUUCAUGAAGGAUAUGAGAAGGAAUGGUGGGACUACAAGGAAUAGAGGAUGUCCUUGACUAGUUACAUUUUUUUGGGGUGUGACGUACACACAGGUUCUCUUCCUUCCCACCUCUGCCCCAGCUGUGAUAAACCACGAAAGGACACAUGAGAGACAGAAUAGAGCAUGUCACAAAGUGAUAAAUGUGUUAUAUGCACUUUAUACAUAAAUAUGCUCUUUGGUCACACGUGUAAUGUCGUUUACGAUAAAUAUUGAGAAGAUCGAUCUAUAUUAAAAUUCAAUUCAGUCACCAACAAAUUGAUUGGACAAUAUUUUGAUUUAAUGCUUGCUGUGUGUUGUAUAUUAUUGUAGAUUCUUCAUCCUUAAAACAAUGUCUCACUGGUUUAGAGGUAAUAAGAAUAUUAGUUUAACACAACAUGAACAAAAAACCGAAAUAUUAUUAUUAUUAUAAUUAUUAUUAUUAUGUUUAUCAAUAUUAUUAUUAUGUUUAGCAAUGCUUUGUGGUAUGAAAUAUCUUGGCUAUCUUAUUUAAUAUGAUUUUUAUAAUCGAUGACAUGUGCAUCAUUUGCAAAUUUUCUGUUAAAAUUGAUUUAUUUUAUUCCCACAAUUGUAAAAAAAAAAAAACUGUAAACUGAGUCGGGUACAACCAAUCGUCGUCACAACUUUUUUUGUUCUCUUUUGGACCACGAUACGUCCAGGCUAUAACUGCCAAUCUUUAAGAGACAGUAAAUUUAUAAUGUGCGUAUCGUCAGUGCUAUGUAUUCAUCUUUAAUGGUGAGGUUCUCCCGUUCUCUUGCUUGUAUAUAAUUUUAAGAAUGCUAAAUAUACUGAUACACAAGAUAUCUAGUAAACUAGUAAAAUUAAUAUGAUUAUUUCUCCUUAUUUUGCGUCUGUGUAUAUAUGUAUAGGAAUACAUAUAUACAUACGUAUAUAAAUUAUAAAUUUGUAGACGUAUAAUUUCUUUUUUUUUUUUUUUAAAGAAACCACAUUCGUGUCAGUUAGCUCGUACUGACAUUGCGCAGUUUAAAGGGGGCCAAGUUUGUGAUAUCCUUCACAUGUGUAUUGUAUUUCAUCUCUGCAAAAACAGAAUGUGCACUACACGGUUGUCUAGUUGUAGACAAGUAUUCGCAUUGUCCCACCUGAUUUCUUUCUUGUACUUUCAGUAGUUUACAUCUUAAAUGUUACGUAUUACAAUAUAUAUUCUUGUUUGAUCGUAUUUAUUAUGAUAUCUCGUUUUAUACACAAUAACAACUCUAUAUUUAAGUUUCACGUUAUCGUUUUUUACCAUCUAUCGUCAUUGGUUUCAUUAUUAAUUUUUUUAUUUUGAUCUGUUUGUUUGCUGUAUAACUGCAUAACGCUGACGAUAUGUUUUAUAUAUCAUUAGCUAACUAAUUGAAGAUUAAUGAUUACAAUAAAGUAUAAAUGGAUUACCUAUUAAUGUCAGAGAUAAGUGAAAGACAUGUAAGAUGAGUUCCAUUUGUACAGUUAAUAUAUAUAUAGUAUGUAUCACACACAGUCAAACAUGAUAAAAUCCACAUUUGCGUAUUGACCAGCAAAUGUGCAUAUUCAUACCUUUACAUUUAUUAGUUAUAUUUUGACUGUAAUAUAUAUACAUAUAUAUACACACACGUACAUAUAUAUUCAUAUAAUUAAAUAGAAAUUCAGAAAAAAUUUAAACAUGAUAAUGCAUAAUAUAGCACAGUAAAAUAGGAAAUUGUGAAGAGUUACUAAACAAAGAAGAGUUGUUGAUUCUUGCUAUUGUGCACAUCUGAAAUGAAAAGUUAAAAUGCAGUUGUUUUCUGUACAGUCGCAAAAUUUGAUUAGAUGUAAGAAUUGUUAGGUAUAUUUGCCAGAAAAUCUCUAGUUUGUGGUUUUAUAAUCUGUAUUCACUUGAUUCAU